AUGGGUAGAGAAUCCGUUACCGUCGGGGCAACUGUGUUAAUACUGCUGCUGUUCGGAAUAACCUCUGUUAUUGUACCGUCGAAUGCGUAUGCACGCAACAGUCAUGAGUUGUAUUCGAAACUGUUUGAUAAUUACACGAGUAUACUAAGACCUGUUCAAAACGAAAACGAAACAGUUCGUGUUUCUGUUAGAUUUCUCCUCCGUGGAAUAAGCGAAUUUGACGAAGUAGGUGGCCAACUGUCCAUGGCUUCUGCGGUGGACUUACGGUGGCGGGACCAAGCCCUUGGCUGGAACAGGUCCAAGUACUAUCCGCGCGCUCUAGUCCUACCCGAAUCACAGAUUUGGACACCACGUCUAGCACUGUCCAAUCCCACGGACCGGCUCCUUCUAUUCUUUGAGGACUCAUUCCCGGUCCGAGUUAAUUCGGAUGGAUCCGUGAUCUGGUUGCAGGGCGGUACCAUCACUUCCACCUGUCUUCCCAAUGUGGAGAAGUAUCCUUUCGAUGUUCACAAGUGUUACCUAGUCAUACUGGCCAUACCCUACACCCGGCCGGAGGUACAGCUGUACCCGGUAAUGGAUCUGUCCAACUUUGAGAAGUUUGGGGAGUGGGCGCUCGGUAAUGCCAGCGUCAAAGAGCAGUUAUUCGGUGGGUUUUUCUCGUCUAUUGUGAUUAGUCUAGAAAUAAAAAGGAGACCAGAAUUUUCACUCCUCAGUACCAUUCUACCAAUUCUGUUCCUAGGUGUUCUCAACGCGUGUGUGUUCCUGCUACCGCCCGAACAGGGAGAACGCGUGUCGUAUGCCCUCACUGUUCUUCUUUCUUUUGCGGUCUUUCUGUCCAUCAUCAGUAGUGUUAUGCCCAAGAACUCCGAGCCAGUGCCUAUUCUGUGUUAUAUCGUGACUGCGAUGAUGGCCAUGAGUGGACUCAGCACUUUAUGUACUGUAAUCUGUCUCCGCUGGUUCUUCGCUGACCAGAGGAAAACUGUGCCUUAUUUACUUCAAGUUUUAUGCCGAAGAUGUAAACGGGGACGUGGUCACCAGAACUCUGGCUUCAACCAUGAUGCUGUCUCUCCCUCCCAGAACCAAACACUGCCAUCAAAUCGUGUGGAAUAUGAAACGAAUGUUACGUGGAGGGACGUGUCUGCCACGUUUGAUAUGGUAUUUUUUGUAUUUUACUUGGUUGCGAUUUUUGUUCUCGUGUUCAUAUAUUUGAUGCUUGUACUACAAUGA